UUGGCGCUGCGGGCGCUCCGGGCCGCCGCGCACCCGCAGUGUCUGGACUUCAGGCCGCCCUUCCGGCCGCCGCAGCCACUGCGUUUCUGCGCGCAGUACUCGGCCUUCGGCUGCUGCGAUCCCGAGCAGGACGCGACGCUGGCCCGCCGCUUUGGCACCCUGGCAGCCCGCGUGGACGCUGCUAUGUGGGCCAAAUGCGCCGGCUAUGCGCUAGACCUGCUAUGCCAGGAAUGCUCUCCAUAUGCGGCCCACCUCUAUGACGCUGAGGACCCGUCCACACCCCUGAGGACGGUGCCUGGGCUCUGCCAGGACUACUGCCUGGACAUGUGGCAGACUUGUCGGGGCCUGUUCCGCCACCUCUCACCUGACCAUAUGCUCUGGGCACUGGAAGGCAACCGUGCCAAGUUCUGCCACUACCUUUCCCUGGACGACAAGGACUACUGCUUCCCGCACCUGCUGGUCAAUGAGAACCUCAACUUGAAUCUGGGCCGUGUGACCGCUGAUGCCAAGGGCUGCCUGCAGCUGUGCCUGGAGGAAGUGGCCAAUGGGCUGCGCAACCCCGUGGCCAUGGUCCACGCCAGGGAUGGCACCCACCGCUUCUUUGUAGCUGAGCAGGUGGGGCUAGUGUGGGCCUAUCUGCCUGACCGCUCACGGCUUGAGAAGCCCUUCCUGAACAUCAGCCGAGCCGUACUCACCUCACCGUGGGAGGGUGAUGAGCGAGGCUUCCUGGGCAUUGCCUUCCACCCCCGCUUCCGGCACAACCGCAAGCUCUACAUCUACUACUCUGUGGCAGUCAGCUUCGAUGAGUGGAUCCGCAUCAGCGAGUUCAGGGUCUCCGAGGACGACGAGAACACCGUGGACCAUGGCUCUGAGAGGAUAAUUUUGGAGAUUGAAGAACCAGCCUCGAACCACAAUGGGGGCCAGCUGCUCUUUGGGGAUGAUGGCUACCUCUACAUCUUUACUGGAGAUGGCGGGAUGGCCGGAGAUCCCUUCGGAAAGUUUGGAAAUGCCCAAAACAAGUCAGCGCUGCUGGGCAAGGUGCUGCGCAUCGACGUGGACCGCAACGAGCGCGGCCCGCUGUACCACAUCCCGCCCGACAACCCGUUUGUGGGCGACCCCGCCGCGCGGCCGGAGGUCUACGCUCUGGGCGUGCGCAAUAUGUGGCGCUGCUCCUUCGACCGCGGUGACCCGGUGUCCGGAGCGGGCCGCGGGCGCCUCUUCUGUGGCGACGUGGGCCAGAACAAGUUCGAGGAGGUGGACCUGGUGGAGCGCGGCCGCAAUUAUGGCUGGCGCGCCCGCGAGGGCUUCGAGUGCUACGACCGCAAGCUGUGCGCCAACGCCUCCCUCGACGAUGUGCUGCCUAUCUUCGCGUACCCACACAAGAUGGGCAAGUCGGUCACGGGAGGCUAUGUGUACCGGGGCUGUGAAUACCCCAACCUGAAUGGCCUCUACAUUUUUGGUGAUUUCAUGAGCGGGCGUCUGAUGUCCCUCCGAGAGAAACCAGGGACAGGCCAGUGGCAGUACAGUGAAAUAUGCAUGGGCCGUGGCCAGACCUGUGCAUUUCCAGGCCUCAUCAACAACUACUACCCACACAUCAUCUCCUUUGCAGAAGAUGAGGCGGGGGAGCUUUACUUCAUGUCGACAGGCGUGCCAAGUGCCACAGCUGCACGCGGGGUCGUCUACAAAGUGAUCGAUCCCUCCAGACGGGCACCACCCGGCAAGUGUCAGAUCCAUCCUGCUCAGGUGAAGGUGAAGAGCCGCCUCGUCCACUUUGUGCCUAAAGAAAAGUUCAUCCGGAGGAUGGAGAGCACCCCGCGGCCCACUAUGCGCACGGCCACCAAGGCGCCCCGCCGCAGCCGCCCCACUGAGGCCCCGCGCACGCAGACCUCGCGCCCAGCACGGCCCACUAGGCGGCCAGGAGGCCGGAGGGGCAGCGGGAGGCGGCGGGGACGGCCCAGCACGGCUGGUCCAGCACCCUCCAAUGGCGUGGUGCGCCUUGUGCGGCCUGCAGGCCUGAGCCCUGGCCGUGGGCGUGUGGAGGUGUUCGUGGGCGGACGCUGGGGCACCGUGUGCGACGACGCGUGGGAUGUCAAGGCUGCCGCCGUAGUGUGUCGCCAGCUGGGCUUUGCACAUGCCGUGCGGGCCAGCAAGCGCGCAGAGUUUGGUGAGGGCCGCUCACUGCCCAUCUUGCUGGACGAUGUGCGCUGUGCAGGCAGUGAGCACAGCCUGCUGGAGUGUACACACGCCGGCGUGGGCACGCACAACUGCGGUCACCAGGAAGACGCGGGCGUUGUGUGUAGCCACGAGGACCCCGAUUUGUAGGCCAGCGUGUUCCAGGGAAGCCUGGCAGGGUCCUUCUUCCCCAUGUUGCACCUACGGCAUGCUGGCCAACCUUGGGGAAAGGGGGGACUGGAUGACCUCUGAGGCUGUGUGCUGGAGGAACCUCCUGGCCGUCUCCAACCUCAUCACCAUCCUGAGCCCUGUGGCCUCCUGCUUCCAGGACAGGAGCCACUCACCCUAGCUGGGCAGGACUUCCACCUUGGCUGGGGAUACAGAGAACACCUCUAUCAUCUUCAUUCUCAUACUGCUCAGUGGAACCCAGGGGACACUUGAUUCCUUCAGCCACACCUCAGGCCAGCCAGGCUGUGGGUCCAGUGAGACAGCUAAUGCUUUGUUACUCAGAGCUAUGCCAACAACA